AUGGAUGACAUCCCUUUGAAUAACAACAAUGAAAACCUUCCCUCCAAUCCAAAUGAAAAUUCAGAUCCCAUUUCACCUGAGGUCGGUACUACUAGUCCUAACCAGUCCCAAAUCCAAGCCUUACCUCUGCCUCAAUUAAAUCCUUCUAUGUCCUUUGGAGAAGCGGUUAAGGGUUCUUCUCAAUGGUUUUCUAAGGCCCGAGAAAUAGCUGUUUCCUCUCUUCAAUGGGAAGAGGAAGAUGUUACCAUCCCCGACUCAGCUUGCACCAUCUCUUUUGCUAAAGAAACACUUGAGAAAUUACGUAACCCUUGGAAACUUACCCUAAUGGGAAAAUGCUUAGGAAUCUCUGUUAGACCCUCCUUCAUAACUCAAAGGGUUUGUGCCAUGUGGGAGCCUAAAGGAACCCUUGAAAUAAUUGAUCUUGGGAAAGAUGUUUACCUCUUUAGAUUUUAUGUGCUUGAUGAUUACGAGAGAGCUCUCCUCAGUGGUCCUUGGUUUAUUCUAGAUCAUUAUCUCAUGAUCACCAAAUGGAAACCUAACUUUCGACCAUCAAUGAAUCCUUUCAAUAGAAUGACGGUCUGGAUUCGCUUCCCGGAGCUCCCAGUUGAAUACUACGACAAGGAUGCUCUUUUUGAAAUUGCUAAAAUUGCUGGUAAUCCUAUCAAGGUUGAUUAUGCUACUGAUCAUCUAACCAGAGCUAGGUAUGCCAGAUUCUGCAUCGAUAUUGAUCUUACUACACCGCUUGUUACAGCGGUUUGGGUUAGUAAUGGAUGGCAACAAAUUGAAUAUGAAAAUAUUCACUCGUUGUGUUUCAAGUGUGGAAUAAUUGGCCACCAAAAAGAAAAAUGUCAAUUGAUUGACAAAGGGAAACAACCCAUCACUCCACCCCUUGAGCCCAACUCGCUUGCCAACAAUGAAUCCACCCACAAAGUUAUUGAUAGUGGGCUUCUAGCUGUUACUCAAUUAUCUAAGCCUAGCCCAUCCCAUGUUACCCCUAUUUCUGAUAAUCCUCUUAUCCAAUCUUCCAAUUCCUAUGGACCUUGGUUAAUUUUUCGGACAAAUGGCAAUGGAAGUGGAGGAACCAACCAACGCCAUAGAAACCCACCCACAAACCUUUGA